AAUGAUGCCGACGUCAUGACGCACACCACGCGUCUCUCUUCUCGAAAAUGGCUGCUGUGUACAUGAUGCGAACCUGAAUGGACGGAAAACAGCCCAAAAUAUCUCAAAAUCCCCCUUCUUCCCUCCUCUGCGUCCCACUCAGCAUCCACACACAUGCGUCUGCGCGUAAUCGAAGUCGAUUUUAACCCAGUGUGAAGAACUAGGAUGAUAAUAUGACCCAGAAAAAGAAGAAGCGAGUGAAUCGCAGUUUGUUACUGGCGAAGAAAAUCAUCAUCAAGGACGGAGGAGCGCCUCAAGGCUUCGGUUCCCCCAGCGUUUAUCAUGCCGUCAUCGUCAUCUUUCUGGAGUUCUUCGCUUGGGGUUUGCUGACUGCACCUGUUUUAAGAGCUCUUCAUGAUACGUUCCCGAAACACACGUUUCUCAUGAACGGCUUGGUUCAGGGGGUCAAGGGUCUGCUGUCGUUUUUAAGCGCUCCUCUGAUUGGUGCUCUGUCGGACGUUUGGGGAAGGAAGUCGUUUCUUUUACUCACCGUCUUCUUCACAUGUGCACCAAUUCCUUUACUGAAGAUCAGCCCGUGGUGGUACUUUGCCGUGUUCUCUGUAUCUGGAGUGUUUGCCGUUACCUUCUCCGUUGUAUUCGCUUAUGUGGCCGACAUCACCCAGGAGCAUGAGCGCAGUAUGGCGUACGGCAUGGUCUCAGCCACGUUUGGGGCGAGUCUGGUGAUCAGCCCGGCCAUCGGCGCGUAUCUGAGUCAGAUGUACGGAGACAAUCUGGUCGUAGUUCUAGCUUCGGCCAUCGCUAUGCUGGACAUCUGCUUUAUCCUGGUGGCCGUGCCCGAAUCGCUGCCGGAAAAGAUGAGGCCGGCAUCCUGGGGCGCCCCAAUCUCAUGGGAACAAGCAGACCCCUUCGCUUCUUUGAGGAAAGUGGGUCAGGACUCGACGGUUCUGCUCAUCUGUAUAACAGUGUUCCUGUCCUAUCUGCCUGAGGCCGGACAAACCUCCAGCUUCUUCCUCUAUCUGCAACAGAUAAUGGGAUUUUCACCUGAAAGUGUCGCUGCUUUCAUCGCUGUCCUAGGAUUGCUGUCUAUUAUUGCACAAACCGUAGUAUUAAGUUUUCUAAUGCGUUCCAUCGGGAACAAGAACACAAUUUUGCUGGGACUGGGAUUUCAGAUUCUGCAGCUCGCCUGGUACGGGUUUGGAUCGGAGCCUUGGAUGAUGUGGGCAGCUGGAGCUGUUGCCGGCAUGUCUAGUAUGACGUUCCCUGCUAUUAGCUCCUUGAUUUCCCGCACAGCCGAUCCGGAUCAACAAGGUGUGGGUCAGGGUAUGGUUACGGGAAUCCGUGGGCUGUGUAGCGGUUUGGGUCCGGCUCUCUAUGGUUUCAUCUUCUACAUCUUUCAUGUCGAGUUGGACAAAGUUCCAGAGAAAGAACCGGAUGUAACGCAUCACCAAGAUCACCACCAACAGAAUGCAAUAAUCCCGGGACCGCCGUUCCUCUUCGGUGCAUGUUCUGUGCUGCUGGCGCUCCUGGUGGCACUUUUCAUUCCUGAACACCCCCAUAUGGGCGCUCGUGCGGGUAGCUGGAAGAAGCACACGUCACCCCACGGCCACUCGCACAGUCCCCACCCACCUGGAGAGGUCAAAGAGCCCCUCCUACAGGACACUAACGUGUGAUCGGGAGUUUCGAUGUGGCUGAAUUGGCCACUCCCCCUAUUCCCCAUUGAGGAACGAACUGCGCAUGGAGGCUGUUGUCAUUUAUUGAAACAUAAAGCUAUAUCGGAGACACGGUCAGUCUUGCACCUAGAGCUCUACCUUUCUGCAGAGUUUCGUUUAAAUACACCUGAGUUUGAUAAUUAAGGUUUAUGGAAAUUACAGACAGGAAAGAAAGUCUCCAUGAUUAAGACAUGCUGAAUCAUCAAUAGAGCACCACUUUUUAAAGAAAUGUUUAUAGAAGAACAUAUAUUUAAUGAUGGUUCUGUCCAAAGGCAAUUUUUAUUUUGUUGUUGUUGCCAAUUUUCUUUCCUUUUUUGUUGCUCAGUUUUGACUGUGUAGAUCUUCAUUACCAUAGUUCACUCAGGGACAUUAUCCUGGUCAGCAAUGUUUCAGAACACAGUGUGUUCCCAUUAUCAGAAGGGCAGAGCAAUGACAUAAAUAACAAAAUCCAUUCAUGAAACGCAAGCAGAUUGAAUUUGUGGGAAUUACUCGUGAAACUUUUCGUAAAAAAUUUACGUUGAACAAACUUGUGUAACUUGUUCGUAAAACCAUUUGAGUCGAAAAAUGGUGUAAAUCAUUCCUUAAAACUUUUUGCUAGAAUUCGUGGAGAAGUCAUUUGUUCGUAAGAAUAUCAGCUAAAAGCAUUUGUGUGAAGUGUUCGUAAAAUUGCUUUCAAAUAUUUAGAGUGGAACGAAUGUAAGUAAAUCAUUCACAAAACUGUUUACUAGAUUAAGUAAAACAGAUUUGAGUAGCUCAUUCGUAAAACCAAUUAUAAGAAUUUGAGUCAAAACAUUGUGUAAAUCUUUCCCUAAAACUACUUUCAAGAGUUUUCCUAGAACAAAGUUAUGCAAGUAAUUCGCAAAACUCUGUAAUUGUGUUUGGGUUAAUCGUUCAUAAAAUUACUUGAGGUUUUGAGUGGAACGAAUUUGCACAACUCAUUCGUAAAUCCAUUCAUCAUAAUUUGAGAUUUAAAAAAUGGUUUGUUUCCUACAUCUAUUUGCGUGAAUUUGUUCAAAAUUAAUUUGGAGAAUUGCUUCGUAAAACCAUAUGUAAGAAUUCAUGCUAAACAAAUUUAUGCAAAUUGUUGGUAAAACCAUUUACGAGACCAGAAUUUUUAAGUAGAAAUAGUUAAAGUAUAAGAGUUUAAGCAGAGCGAUUUUCGUAAAUCAUUCAUAAAACUUUUGGUGAAAAUCUUAAAAUUUGUAGUUCCUGAGGCCUGGUGACCGUACUAAAUAAAAUGGUUUUGAAAUAAAUGUGCUGCGUUCGUGAGAACACAAGUUUGUUAGGGAACAUAAGAUAAUUUUAGGGAUUUCUAAUGCUUUGACAUGAAUGGCCUUAACUGACAGUUCGGUUUCAGACUUCGACGUCACAAUGGAAAGAUUGAUGCACAGCUUCAAAGUGUCUUUUCAUUUCUGCUCAUGUUUAAGCUGAAGCCUGUUUUCUUUAUACCACUUAGAAUCACUGGUGCCUUUUCCCAGCUUAAAUUGUUUUGUCGAUGUAAACUGGUGAAUUUAAGUGACGCACGAGACUCGAGAUCUGAGCAGUGUCAGACUUACGCAACUGAACAGUCUUACGUAAAAUAACGGUAGAGCUGACUGUAGAUCAGUAGUGAAACUAAAAUGCGUGAUGCGUUUUUUGUUUGUCUGGAUUCGCUUUCGGCCUUAUUUAUAAAACAAAAAUAUUAACACUUACGCAAAACAUUUUGCAAAUGCCAACUGACAGAAGUCCUUUGAUAAACAGGUGAAAUUUGCCAGUGGCCUUUCUAUAUUUUUUGUUUUCAUACAGACAGAUGAAUGGCUCAUUUUAAGUUUUGACCAAAUAUAUGGAUAUUUUAUGGACGCAAGACAGGCGAGUUAAUCUGUAAUAUUAGUUGUGUGCUUUGGAUAUUUAUGAGAUGAUUUCCUGUAAGAUAUUUCCUUCAUCUCAGAAUACAGUGUGAGGUUUUUUUUACGUUCUGUGGUUUUGUUGUGUCGUCUUUAUCAAUUUUAAACAUGGUGUAUUUUUUUUUCCAAACAAUGUAAAUAUGUCAAAGUAUCUAAACAUGCAUUUCAAUAAAAUUUAAAUAUUUUGAUGUA